AUGACUGCAGAUACCAUUUCUCUUGCCGGCCAGGUGGCUAUCGUUACUGGUUCCGGCCGCGAAAACGGUAUCGGUGCCGCCAUUGCUCUAGCACUCGCCCGCAACGGUGCGAAUGUAGCUGUGAACUAUGUCAGCGAAGCAUCCGCAUCCCGUGCAGAGACGGUUGCAAAACGACUCAAGGCCGUUGGUGCCCGUGCGACCAUUGUCCAAGCCGAUAUUAGUACCCCUGAAGGUGCCGCGAAGCUCGUACAAAAGACGCUAGAGGCCUUCGAAACAGACAAGGUUGAUAUCCUAGGUACGAUCUGGCCAACUCUUUGA